AAGUCAUUACAUUUAUUAUAUACGUUGUAUUUAUUAAAAUAUAUCGACACGACACAAUUGCGUAACCUUUCAUUCUGCAACCACAUUUGCUUACGUGUUGGUCGUGAAGGUUCCCACAUAUUGCUCGUGACCCUCACCGGUUCACAUACGUUAUGUGCCGAAAAAUCACAUAACACGUGGUAUUGCACCUUAUUUCCUCUGUAAAUAAAAUAUAUUGUUUUUACAUUUAAGUAGGUACCAUGACUGUCGUAUAUUGUAAAGUGAUAGUCGGUACAUGGCGAUUGUGUUUGUGAACCAUGCUUGCUUCGAGCACUUUUGACUAUCUCCAAUCCAAUUAGACACGCCGCGUCCGAAUUUUUUAAUUAAUUUGUGAUAUUUUAAAGGUUUUCAUUAAAUAUGUUUAUGCAUUUAUUUGUGUCAAUAAGAAUAGGUAGUUUCGGGUAAUAUUUACCGACUUGAACAUAUGAUAUUUUAAUGUACCAAACCUAACCUACUUUUUUUAAACUGAUGCCUGUAUUAUUACACUACCACAAAAUUUUUUGUCUCAAUUAUAAUGGCAUUGCCAAAAAUUUUUAAAAGUGGCUCUUUACAAUGGCUCCAUCUCGGCAACUUCUCAUGUGGUCAGUUCCAUCCAUAGCAGUGCUGUUGGGAAUAUUUUGGUUCAGAAAGAAAAGGGAGUACGCGAAGUCUGACCCUGGUGGAAGAGAGAAGAUAAAAAGUCUUCAAGAAGAAUUGGCAGAAGCUCUUAAUGCUGAAGCUGAGGCUAGAAAAGCUUCACCUGCAGGAAAGGUUGAUCGUGCUGUUAUAAAAUCAGCCCCAAUUGACAUUGUGCCCAAUGGUGGAGCCUCUCAGCGUUCAUCACCUUUGGUUUUGACAGACGAAGAGGUGGACUUAGAAAUUGAAAAGAUAAUAAGGAAAAAGUCUCUGGAAAAAGAUAAGAAAAUGUCUUACAGUGACAAACAAAUAAUAGCAACAUCUUAUACUAAAGAAGCUUCAUUUGUUGUACAUGAAAAACCCUCCAGCCUAUUUUCUUCACUUCAAACAGAAAUGUCUUGCAAUAAAACUGAUGAUCUCUAUUCUGUGAAAAGGAGUGAGGACGACAUUUACACCAAAUCUAAAGAGAACCUUCUGGGUGAACUUGAAGAAAGUAUGCAGCAAAAUGGUACAAAUGAUGAAACUGGAGCAUCAGAAAUGACAGCUGAAGAUAGUACAGUGGCUGACAGUGAGGAGUUGAAUAAUAAUAAUGUAGUUGAUGAACCUAGUGAUAGUAAUGACAGUGAUAACAGAUUCUCUGCUGCACAAACCAGACAUAUUUCAGAGAGAGACUCUGCUAAUCAUAGUCCAGUGGAUCCAAUGUUAGCUAGUCCCUCUAUGUGCCACUUCUCAGACAAUCACAGCGAGGGUUCAAGUGACAGUGGAAAGGGAUGUUCAGAGGCGGCUAGCCCACCUCCAGCCAAUAUGAAUAUGGUCCCUUCUGACACAGGACUUAGAAUACAUCAGUUUAUAAUUCCGCAGACCCUGGUUGGUUUGUUAAUAGGGAAACAUGGUUCCUUUGUAGCUCAAAUUAAAGCUAAGACUGGUGCAAGCGUAUAUGUAAGGAGGCAUCCGGAUUCUGUGAAACAAAAAAUAUGUGCAGUUGAAGGAACUCCAGCUGAAAUAGAGGCAGCUUUAGACAUGAUCAAAGAAAAAUUUCCAGAGAAAAGAUUCCCCAACUUCUCUUUGCAAGAGAUCAGUGCAGAACUGUAUCAAAGGCUGGCUCCUUUAGUACCAGAGUUUCUACAAUUGCAGCUUGUGGAAUCGGUGAACAACGACACCAUCAUGACGUGCCUGGUGAGCGCGGGCCACUUCUUCCUGCAGCAGCCGCUGCACCCCACGUUCCCGUCGCUGCACGCGCUGCACCGCCUCAUGGCCGCCACGUAUCAGAACCCGGACGUGCCGGCCUUACCGCGCCCUGUGAAAGAGGGAUCGAUAUGCGCCGCGCCAACAGAGAACAAUUGGUAUCGUGCACAAGUGAUCUCCACAUCUGAAGAAAAUGACACAUCUGUGGUUAAGCUGGUGGAUUUCGGCGGCUACCUGACCGUUGACAACGACCAGCUCAAACAGAUUCGAUCUGAUUUCAUGACUCUGCCUUUCCAGGCAACAGAAGCCCUUCUGGCGUUCGUGAAACCAGCAAAAUAUGAACCGGAAUGGAGUAACGAGGCGCUCCGCAUCAUGGCCGGGCUGACUGCGGGGCAGUUGUUGCACGCGCAGGUCGCCGGCUACGACGAGACCGGCCUCCCAUUGGUGCAUCUUUACCUCACCCUAAGUCCACAGCAAGUGAUAUACUUAAAUAGAGAACUAGUUGAUCGCGGCUUGGCAGAGUGGGACAUCCCGCCCGACUCGUGAGCGCCGAUGACUGCGCGCAAUGAUGAUUCUAUACUUACUUUUAAUUUUAUUAUUGACGCUGACUAGUAAUAUAUGGCAUGCAUUUGAAACGUUUACUUUGAUAUAUUCUCACUGCAUACAACCCAACCUUGUAUACUAUUGUUUUUUAUUUACUCAUUUUUGUUUUGUACAAGAAUUAACUUGUAGCUAUCAAAUUAAUAUGUUUCAUUCAGUUCUUUACUUUCGUUAUUGGAGCUACCAAUACAUAGGUUAGUAUCCAAAAUGACUUGUAUGUUUGUAUAAAUAGUAAAUUAAAACAUUAAUAGGAAUAUGUACCAAUGUACAUAAAAAAUGUUUUUUAUAUGUUUCAAUGCUCCUAUUAGUUUCUAAAUUACUAUUAAUACUAGUUUUAUCUAAGCUCCCAUAACAGUAACUUUAAAAAUGCAAUACGCUUAUGAAUAGAAUUCAUAUAAAACAGUAAUUCAUUGUAGAUAAAAAAGGACUUCGGCAAUAAUAUGAGGUCCAUUAUCUUUUAUUGGAAUUUAUGGCGAUAAUUACUACAUAGUGGGUUUAUUAAGACUUUCAGGAUGCUCAUUAUAAUUAUUAUUUGUACUGUCUUCUGCAUUUGCCUUUCGAUUUCGUGGUUAAUUAAUAAUAGUAUAAUAAUAGCGCGCAAAAGAUUAUCUUUUAAUUGCUUUAUUACUAGUGCCAAAUAUAGAACUUGUAGUAUGUUUUCCAUGAUGUUUUGUCCAAAAUACGCAAGCGUGUGUUGGCUAUUAUGCCGCCUUGUAAAAUGUGCCUUUUAAUACAUUUUUUUCUGUUGACCCUUCCAUAACAUUGUAAUGUUAUAAGAAUUAUCUGUCGCAGAUUUAGAAUAUGAAUAACAUACCUUGAAAGAAUAGGGAAUUUUUCAUUAUUUAAAAGUGAAAAACUAAAUUUCCUUUAUAUUGAACAUGGAAAAUGGAAAUAUUAUAACGCAAGUGUGCAUGUAUCGAAUGUUUGAGACUGUAAUAGAUUUAAAGAAUUGUAAAUUAAAUGUAAGAAAGUACAAUACGGCGUGUAACCGACCUGUUCGAACCAAGAUGAAUAAUUGGUACGGAAUUUUAUUUAUUUCACAAUUAUCAAUUUACAUUGAUAAAAUGGUUUAAAUUUUUGCAGUGGACUUCCUAAGCUUUGUUUUUUUUUUUUAUUAUCUUCAAGAUUAAUCAUUAUGUUCUUCUAAUGUAAAUGCAUAUUUUCUUCAUUAAUUUCACACUUAUCUACUGCAAAAUCUAGCCAUCUUAUUGAAUUGAAUAUGAAAUAAAAUUGUUAUGUUGUCAAAUACUUUCUUUUUUCAGAUGGUACUAAUCUUCAUGUAAUAAUUACAAUCUUAGUGAAAAAUACGUCGGUUGAAGCUUUGUGGUGAAACUUUAGUAAAUUAUUAAAGUUAUAAUGAGCACGUUGAUAAUCCUGACUUACUAGUUUAAUAGUGUAAAUAAUAGAUUGGUUAAGUAGAUUUAAAAACAAUGGAAUAUUCAGUGUUCUUGUAGUAAAUUCAGUAUUUUUAAUAUGUUGAUCAUUUUAAGUGUUUAUUUUAGUUAUAAUUCUGUAUGCGUAUUGUGUAGUGAACUUGGCAAGCUUUUUGGGAAAGCUUAGUGUGACUAUCGUCCGUAGUUAUUUUUACAGCGUCGAGACUAUUUUAGAUUUUUUACGUACUAAGCCAGUGUGUUUAUUUUUAAAAUUUCGCGUUUGAUUAGUUGGUAUAUGUAUGUAAUGAUAAUGAUGGUCAUCAAUGGUUAGUGUGCUAUUUACUUAGAAACAGAGUAACUGGCUCUCAAUUUUGCAUUUUGUUGACGCCCCUCUUGUAUAUAAACUAAUAUAUUUGCGGUUAAAUCAAUAAAUUAUCGUUUUAAAAAGUAAA